GUGAAGUAGAACAAUAGCUUUCAAUUAAAGUUGCAAACUGUCUUGUCUCAGUUGGUCGGAUGCUUGGAUGCAUUUGCCAAUGGAUACCCUUGGAAUAGUGGACGAUAGUGGACACGGAAUAGGGGACAACUAUGACAUGGCGAAAGGUGUCGGAUCGAGCGCUGGAGGAAGGGUCCACAGCAUUGAUGUCAUCCUGGGAUUCACAAAAGACCAAGAGCGUUUACUUCAUUCGAUGGGAGGUGGAGACAGUCCGAAGGACUCUGGAGCAAAUGCACAGGAUCCUGAAAAGCACGUUUCGGCGGAUCCAUAUGGGCACCUACCAGAACUGGGUGACGGCUCCCAGCACUCUGUUUACCAUGAUUCGGACCUAUUCCCCAAUGACAAGUGUGAUGGAGAAAUAGGUGACCUGCACAAGGAAGUGGAUGUUGCUGAAGACUCUCCAGAGGCAACUAAAGAAGAGGAGCACGCUAAAAAGAAGCACAGAAGAAAUCGUACCACUUUCACCACUUAUCAACUUCAUGAGCUGGAGCGAGCCUUCGAGAAGUCUCACUACCCAGAUGUCUACAGUCGGGAAGAACUGGCGAUGAAGGUCAACUUGCCUGAGGUUCGGGUUCAGGUGUGGUUCCAGAACCGAAGAGCAAAGUGGAGACGUCAGGAAAAGAUGGACACCAGCACCAUGAAGAUCCAUGACUCUCCAAUGCUAUCUUUUAAUCGGCCCCCCAUGCCUCCAAACGUGGGCCCAGUGGCCAGCCCUAUGCCACUCGAUCCCUGGCUAAGCUCGCCAAUAUCCAGUGCCACGGCCAUGCACAGCAUUCCAGGGUUCAUGGGCUCACCACAGGCCCUACAACCUGCCUAUUCCAGCCACAGCUUCCUCAACAGCCCACCUGGCAUGGUCCAAGGCAUGCAGCCCAUGGGCCCACCUCCAUAUCAGUGUCCACCAAGCUUCAACGAUAAGUACCCUAUAGAGGAUGAUAGGAGCACCAGCAUUGCAGCGCUCAGGAUGAAGGCUAAAGAGCACAUUCAGUCAAUGGAUAAAACCUGGCAGCACAUGUGAUUUUGCUGUUUAAUAUGAAUGGAUCUCCCUCUUGGGAAUGUUUACAGACUGCUUUUUGAUUUAUAUAUCGUUGAAGGUGAUGUGUGGUACCAAAGAUGUAAAGACCUAACUCUCAAAAUGAACUUUUUGUGACUUUUCAAUGUCUUUUUCAAACAUGAUCAAGUCUUAGGAAAUUGGUAAAAUGUCUAGGGCUGUAUUAUUUGGUUUAGCUCCUCCAAAUGUUUAGGUACAGAUUCUCAAAUUACACUUUUUGUCCUGCCAUAAAUGUCUUUAUUUUAGACUACUAUUUACAUCCACAUAUAUGAACUACAGAAAGGCUGUUUAGAGCCAUCUUGUCAGAGGUAGCUCUGUUUUUUAACUGAUUUUAUUGACAGAUGUUAAAAUUUCAUAUUUGUUUCAUGUCUUAACUGAGUGGUGUUUUGACUUUUGUUGUGUUUGUUAAAAAAAAAAAAAAAAAACCUAAUAAGUUUAUAGGUCUUUCUAAAGCUGCUGGGCAACCCUGAUGUGAAAAUGUCUUCUUGAGGAUUAAUGGGAAAUAAAUUCUCCUUAAAAGGUUUUGAAUAGCUAUAAAGAUCUCACUGUUUUUGAAUGCUGUAACGUUUCAGAGGUUUUUGUCCCUUACAGAUUUAUCCAGUUUUGACAUUUUUGUCACUCUCACGUCUUUUAAUAUCAAAGACAAGCAGAGUAAACACAAAAUUCAGUUUUCAGAUGAUAGUUUAUUUAUUAGGGGAAAAACAUUGUAUUUUGCCCCAUAUGAAAAAGUAUUUGCGCCCUAGACUUAAUCACCCUUGUGCCACCCUUGACAGCAUUUAGUGCCUUUAAGCGUUUGACAACAACUGGCUGUGGAGGAAUUUUGUGCCACUCUUCUGUGCAGAAUCAUUUUAAUUCAGCUAUAUUGAGGCAUUUUUGAGCAUGAGUGGCCUGUUUAAGGCCAUGACACAAGAUCUCAAUUGGUUUUAAGUCUGGACGUUCUAUAGACCAGUGAAAAAACCUUCAUAUUGUUCUUCUGAGCCAUUCAGACGUGGACUGGCUUAUGAGCUGACGUGCUUUGGAUCAUUAUCCUGCUGCACAACCCAAAGGGGACUGAGCCUAAUAAUGAUAAUAAUAUUAAUUAUUAUUAUUAUUUGUUUAUUUAUCUGCACUGGACUGGCAACCUGUCCAGAGUGUACCUGCCUCUCUCCCGUAGACUGCUGGAGAUAGGCACCAGCUCCCCCGUGACCCACUAUGGAAUAAGCGGUAGAAAAUGACUGACUGACUGAUUUAAGAUCACAGACUAAGUGUCUGAAAGAGCAUUCCAUAGAUGGGUGGCACCAGCUCAGAAGGAGUCGGGUUGAAUGUGUGGAAGGCAGGGAAGGUUGUUUGUGGGGUAAGAAGUUGUUUAAGACAGGAAGGAUCAGUGGAUGCACUGAUGACGGAGAUCUUGUAUUCAAUUCUUGCACUGAUGUGGGCCAAUAUUGUGAGUGUAGAACGGGCGUUCAUGGAUGUUCAUGGAGAUAUUCUGCAGUUUCUGGAGAUUUUUGCUAGGAUUCCCAUACAGGAGUGCAUUCCAAACUGAUUGCCUAACAUUCUCCUUCAGGUGGUACAGAGCAGAAUGUAUGGUUCCAUAAAACAGGACAAAUCAUUCAGGUCGUAAAGGAGCAAGCUGCUCCAGACCAUCACACUACCAUCACCAUGUUUGACUGUCUUUAUGAUGUUUUUCUUUAAUGCUGUUAGUUUUAUGCCAGGUGUAACAGGAUUUAUACCAAAAACUCCCACUUUUGUCUCAUCAGUCCGCAGAAUAUUUUCCUAAAAGUCUUGGAGAUGAUCCAGAUGUUUUAUGGUUAAUGUGAGAUGGACCUUUGUGUUCUUCUUUAGUUAGCAGUGGUUUUUGCCUCAGAACUCUACUAAGGAUGUUGAAUCAUGAACUCUGACCUUAACUGAGGGAAAUGGGGCCAGCAGUGCUUUGGAUGUUGUUCUGGGUUGUUUUGGAACAUCCUGGGUGGGUUUGAGGUGGCCCUAGAGUGAUUUUAGUGGGCUGUUCACUCCUGGGAAGGUUCACCACUGUUCUGUGUUUUUUUCCAUUUGUGGAUAAAAAACUCUCAGAGUCCCAAAGUUUGGCUUUGUAACCCUUUCCAGACAGAUAGGUGUCAAUGACUUCUCAUUUGCUCUGCCGGUAGUUUUGUAAAUAAUGGCUGACUAAUGGUUAUCUUUGUCCAAAGGUAAUGUUUGUUUGAUGAUCUCAAAGCGAGAAAAGCGAGACAAAAAAAGUCUAAAACAAGAAACCUGUAAGGGGCAAAUACUUUUAAACAAAGCUGUAUAUCGGGCUUUAAAGUUUGUAUUUAAAACUAGAUGUCUGCUCAAAUGUAUCUUUGAAAUGGAUUUAAAGCGACUCCUGGUCUUUUAUAUUUAAAUAAUUAAAACGGUCUUAUGGAGA